CAUCUUAAUCCAAAUAUAGUACUACAUUAAUACUCCUCCAAUAAAACCCAUUUCAACACACGUGAUUCUCAUUUUCCGAAGAAUCCUUUGCUUCUCCCUCCCUCCCUCAAUUUGAUCUUCUGUUUUCCGAGAUGGUUUCGCCUGACAACACGAAUUGGCUCUACGAUUAUGGAUUCGAGGACAUCACUGCUAAUUUCGCCGCUCCCAAUUCCGGAUUUUCUUGGCCGGCCUCCACCAAUGCCAGUGUUGAAAUUGAUGGAUCAUUUGGAGAAUCUGACUCACAAAAGGAUAAGGAAACAGAGUCCAGGAAAAGAGCUAGAACCGAGACAUGUGCUAUAUCAAGCUCCAAAGCAUGCAGGGAGAAACAACGAAGGGACAGGCUAAAUGACAAGUUCAUGGAAUUAGGUGCUCUUCUUGAGCCAGGGAGGCCUCCUAAAACUGAUAAAUCGGUCAUCUUGAUCGAUGCUGUCCGAAUGGUAACUCAGUUAAGAAGUGAAGCUCAGAAGCUGAAAGACUCAAAUUCGAAUCUACAGGAGAAGAUCAAGGAGCUCAAAACCGAGAAGAAUGAGCUUCGUGAUGAAAAGCAAAGGUUAAAGGCGGAGAAGGAGAAGCUGGAGCAGCAGCUUAAGACAAUGAUUGCUCCUCAACCUGGCUUUUUGCCAGCUACCCCAAGCAUCCCACCCGCAUUCGCUGCCCAAAAUCAAGCUGGUGGUAACAAGCUGGUGCCGAUCAUCAGCUACCCUGGUGUCGCCAUGUGGCAGUUCAUGCCACCAGCAGCCGUUGAUACGUCUCAGGAUCAUGUGCUGCGCCCACCGGUUGCCUAAGAGGGCGGUUGAACCCCUCUGUUGGCAUUCUUAUUGUGGUUAAAUUGUUGUCAUGUGCUUGACUAUUUACUUUUUGUUGAACCUGUCCAACUUGGAUAAUGUUGGACUAGAGAUUGUGAUUUGUCAAACUUUUUUUUAUCAUAGUGAAGAUAUUACUUCUCC